GGAACCAGGAAGAAAGCUGUGACCAGCAGCGUCCCUCACUUCCUUAGACUUAGUUCCUGUUUGCACUAGCCACAGCUGGGCACUGGCCUCUGCUGGCACUGCCUCCUACACGCAGACCCUAUCUAUAAGCGUUGCAGCCUGUUGUCUAGCCUCAGGCCUCUGGAUGGACGGUAUAGAGACCUCCAAGUUGCUGGAUGAAGAGCUGUACUCGCGGCAGAUGUAUGUGCUGGGCUUGCCAGCCAUGCAGAGGAUUCAGGAAGCCAAAGUUCUGCUGUCAGGCCUUCAGGGCUUGGGGGCUGAGGUGGCCAAGAACCUGGUCCUGAUGGGCGUGGGCAGCCUCACUCUGCAUGAUCCCCACCCCACCUGCUGGUCUGACCUGGCUUCCCAGUUUUUCCUCUCAGAGCAGGACUUGGAAAAGAGCAGGGCUGAGGCAUCUCAAGAACUUGUGGCUAAGCUCAAUGGAGCUGUCCAGGUCUGCAUCCACACAGGUGACAUCACCGAGGACCUGCUGCUGGACUUCCAGGUGGUGGUGCUGACUGCCUCAAAGCUGGAGGAGCAACUGAAGGUGGGCUCCUUAUGCCACAAGCUUGGAGUCUGCUUCCUGGUAGCUGACACCAGGGGCCUUGUGGGGCAGUUGUUCUGUGACUUUGGAGAGGACUUCACUGUGCAGGACCCUACAGAGGCAGAACCCCGGACGGCUGCCAUCCAGCACAUUUCCCAGGGCUCUCCUGGCAUUCUCACUCUGAGAAAAGAAGCUGAUGCCCACUACUUCUGCGAUGGGGAUUUGGUGACUUUCUCAGGCAUCGAGGGCAUGGUUGAGCUCAACGGCUGUGCUCCCCAGCCUAUCCACGUGCGGGAGGACAGGACCUUGGAGAUUGGGGACACAACAACUUUCUCCUGUUACUUGCGUGGCGGGGCUGUCACUGAGGUCAAGAGACCCAAGACUGUGAGCCAUAAGCCCUUGGAUGCAGCCCUGCUCCAGCCCCGUGUGGUGGCCCCGAGUCCCCAGGAAGUUCACCGUGCCCACUGCCUGCAUCAGGCCUUCCGUGCACUGCACAAGUUCCAGCACCACAAUGGCCGCCCACCCCGGCCCUGGGAUCCUGUUGAUGCAGACAUGGUGGUAGGCCUGGCCCAGGCCCUGGAACCACUGAAGGGGACAGAGGGAGAGACAUUGGAAGAGCCGCUGGAUGAGGCUCUAGUGCGGACAGUCGCCCUGAGUAGUUCUGGUGGCUUGAGCCCCAUGGCAGCCAUACUGGGUGCAGUGGCUGCCCAGGAAGUGCUGAAGGCAGUCUCCGGGAAGUUCAUGCCCCUGGAUCAGUGGCUGUACUUUGAUGCCCUUGAUUGUCUUCUGGAACAUGAGAAGCCCCUUCCCAAUCCCGAGGACUGUGCACCGAGACGAUGCCGGUACGACGGGCAAAUUGCAGUGUUUGGGGCUGGUUUUCAGAAGACGCUGAGCCACCAGCAUUACCUCCUGGUGGGUGCUGGUGCUAUCGGCUGUGAGCUGCUCAAAGGCUUCGCCCUAGUGGGCCUGGGGACCCAGGGCAGUGGGGGCGUGACUGUUGCUGACAUGGACUACAUAGAGCGCUCUAACCUCAGCCGUCAGUUCUUCUUCAGGCCCCAGGACAUUGGUAGGCCCAAGUCAGAGGUGGCUGCAAAGGCCGCUCACCGCCUAAACUCAGACUUGCAGGUGACCGCCUUCACCAACCCGCUGGAUCCCAGUACAGAGAAUAUAUACGAGGACAACUUCUUCUCCCGUAUGGAUGGCGUGGCUGCUGCCCUGGACAGUUUCCAGGCCCGACGCUAUGUGGCUGCUCGCUGCACCCACUAUCUGAAGCCGCUGCUGGAAGCAGCCACACAGGGCACCUGGGGCAGUGCUUCAGUGUUCAUGCCAUAUGUGACUGAUGUCUACAGAGCCCCUGCCUCAGCUACAGCUUCGGAGGAUGCCCCCUACCCUGUCUGCACCGUGCGACACUUCCCCAGCACAGUUGAGCACACCUUACAGUGGGCCCGGGAUGAGUUUGAGGGGCUCUUCUAUCUGUCUGCUAAGACCAUCAACCGCCACCAACAGGCACCCACUUCUCUGGCAGAUACGGAUGGGCCACAGGUGCUGACUCUGCUGCAGGGGGUACUGGGUGUCCUGAGAGAGCGUCCACAGACCUGGCAAGACUGUGUGGUGUGGGCCCUUGGCCACUGGCAACUAUGCUUCCAUGAUGGCAUCAUGCAGCUGCUGAAGCACUUCCCACCUGAUAAAGUGCUUGAGGAUGGAACUCUUUUCUGGUCAGGUCCUAAACGGUGUCCCCAGCCCUUGGAGUUUGACGCCAGCCAAGACACGCACCUCCUCUACGUGCUGGCGGCUGCCAACCUGUAUGCCCAGAUGCAUGGGCUGCCUGGCUCACAGGACCGGACUGUGCUCAGGGGACUGCUAAAGUUUCUGCCACUGCCUGACCCUCAGCACCUGGCCCCCAACUUUGUUAAUGACCUGGAUCUGGAUCUGGCUUCUGCUGAGUUUGGCCCUGAGCAGUUGAAGAAACUGCAUGAAGCCCUGGAAGUCUGGAGUGUGGGCCCUCCCCUGCAGCCCCUGAUGUUUAAGAAGGACAAUGACAGCAACUUCCAUAUGGACUUUGUGGUGGCAGCAGCAAGCCUGCGAGCUCAGAACUAUGGGAUCCUACCCGCCAACCGCAUCCAGAGCAAGCAAAUCGUGGGCCGGAUUAUCCCAGCCAUUGCUACCACUACAGCAGUUGUGGCAGGCCUGGUGGUCCUGGAACUGUAUAAGGUGGUGGGCGGGGCACGGUCCCUCGGUGCCUUUCGCCACAGCCAUCUGCAUCUGGCUGAAAACCGCUUCAGCCGCUGGGUGCCUCGCGCCCCAGACAUCCAGAUGUUCCAUCACCUGAAGUGGACCUGUUGGCACCGCCUGAAGGUGCCUGCUGGGCAGCCCGAGAGAAACCUAGAGUCGUUGCUGGCCCAUCUCCAGGAACAACAUGGGCUGAGGGUGAGGAUGCUGCUGCACGGCCGGGCCCUGCUCUACUCAGCAGGAUGGUCGCCUGAAAAGCAGGCCCAGCACCUGCCCCUCAGGAUAGAAAUGCAGCCCCUCCCGCAGGGGCCCCGCGAGCGCGCGGGUACCCUGGCUGCGCCCAAGCGCGGGCAGAGCGCCCCCAGUCUUCGGACCCGGUAGUGCUGUGGCCCACUCGGCGCCGACACACUGAAUCCGCUCCUGGAGCCGGCCUCGACAAUCCCUGGAAGUGACGCGAGGGAUCCAGCCCUUCUGAGGACUCCAGCCGCGAGGCACCUCGCUGCUGCACAGGAGAGAGGCCUCAGCCAAGGCCCAGCCCACGCCCUCUCCACCCCGAGUCUGGGCCGAACUAGGCGGGGCCGCCCUCUAGUGGGGAGCGCGCGGUUAGCCGCGAUUGCCGCGGCGGCAUCCGCAUCCCCUCUGCCAGGCACCACAGGCCCACUGAGUGCAGGGUGUUAGAGCGGCGUUCUCUGGCCGGAAUGGUCAGAGCCUGUUCCCUGAGGCCGCUCCACGAUCGGAGGCUAGGUUCAAGGAUACAGUCUAACUGGAGACAGACUAGACAAGUCAGUAGACAGAAAAAUACCGGGGAACGAGGGUGAUGGGCUAGUUUGGGAGAAGGGACUCUCAGAGGAUGUGGCAUUCUGCAUGGGAUCUGGAUGACCCAUCAUGGGGAGAUCAAGAAGAGGGGCAUUCUAGGCAGAGGCAUCAACCAGUUAAAGGCCCUGAAAGGACAGGAACUGGACAGGGCUUAACCUAAAGAAGGCCCAGGUGUUUACGAUGAUAAUAAUUGGGAGAGUGGUGGCCCCCUGGCUUAGCGGUUAGGUGCCCAUGCUCCGUUACUGGGGGCCCGGGUUUGGAUCCCUGGGGGCGCACGCUGACGCACCGCUUGUAUGGCCAUGCUGAGGCAGCAUCUCACAUACAGCAACUAGAAGGAUGUGCAACUAUGACAUACAACUAUCUACUGGCACCUUGGGGAGAAAAAGGGGAAAAAAGGAGGAGGAUUGGCAAUAGUUGUUAGCUCAGGGCCGGUCUUCCACAGCAAAAAGAGGAGGAUUGGCAUGGAUGUUAGCUCAGGGCUGAUCUUCCUCACAAAAAAAAUAAUAAUAAUAAUAAUUGGGGGAGUGAAGAGGUCAGCAAAACCAGGCUCCUAGCAGCCUUAGAAAGGAAUAUGGGGUUUUGUUCUUGGUGUGAGGGGGAGCACUGGGGGCUUUUGAGCAGGGAAUUACCUAGGCUGCCUCCUGUUGAGAUAAUCCCAGCUGCUUUAGGAGAACUACUCUGUAAUCAGAGUGGAGGCUCCUGCCCUCAUCCAGCAAGGGAGGGGAGGGCCUGGGCCUGGGUGGGGCUGGUGAACAGAAGGGGGUCACUUUGGGGUAUGUUUUGGAGCUAAAAAUCAAGCCUUGCUGAUGCAUGAAUAUGGGUAGGGAAAGGGAAGCAUCAAGCACAGCUCCUAGAUUCCUGGCCUGAACAACUGGUCUGAUGGAAUUGCCAUGAAUUGGUCCAUGAAAGACUGGAAAAGAGUGGAUUUGGGGAGGAAAAUCAAGUGAUCAUUUGUGGACAUGUGACCCUUGUAUUGCCUGUUAGACAUCCAAGAGGAGAUGCGGGGUCAGCCACUGGAUGUGUGACUCUGGAGUUUGGGAGAGAGAUCAGCACUGAAGCCUUGGAUCUUGGAGGCAAAGCGAGUGGAUGUUAUUUAAGACCAUGCUCCUGGAUGUGACGGGGGAGGUGAGUUUAGACAGAGGAAGGCAGCAGUCAGGACUGAGCCCUGGAACAUUGCACCGGCUAGAGGUAGGGAAGUUGUAGCAGAACCAGCAAAGGAGCUGAGCAGGAGCAGCCAGGGAGGUGGGAGGAAACGGAGAGAGUGUGGGCACUUAGGAGCCAAGGGGAACAAGCAUCAAACACCACUGAGGAGGUGAGAGUGGAGAAUGCACUGCUGAAUUGGGCAGUAUGCUGGUCUCUGAGGACUCUGACAAGGGCAGUUUCAUGGAGAGAGGAAUAAGCUUGACUGCAGUGGGUGGAAGAGAAAGUGAGAGGUAAAGAACUGGAGAGAGUAAGUGUAGACAACUUUUUAAAAAUUGACAUAUAACAUAAAUACAAUGAUUGUCAACUCUCAAAGCUACAGCUCAAUAAGUGUUAAAAUCUGUAGACACUUGUGCAGCUGUCACCCAGAUCAAGAUACUGUAUAGAAUAUCUCCAGCUGCUCCAGGAGGCCACUUUGUGCCCCCUCCAGUUGAUAUCCCCAAAGAUAACCACUAUUUUGAUUUCUGUCACCAAGGAUUCCUUUUGCUUGUUGAAUGUAGACAAUUUUUGAGAGAUUUUGUUGAUGGUUGGACACAUAUUUUAUAAGUAGAUAAUAUUCUAAUGGGGGAGUGGGAAACUAGAGUUUGGACUUUAUGAGGUAGCAGGUCCUGGGCCCAAUUUUCCUGGUGCUGUGCUUGCUCUGUCUCCAAGGACUGCAUGACCAAGACUUCUCUGAGCCUCAGUUUCCCCAUCUGAAGCUUGAUUCUUCUCUCUUCACAUCUCCUUAAGGUUAUAGUAAUGAAUGGGGGAAUUCAUUGGGAGCAGUGAAAAAAUGGGGUUUUCCAGGCCUCUUGAUGCCUGUCUGAAGCCUAGAGCUGUCACUAGGGAUGGGCGGAGCUAAAAUCUGGUAGGCCCAGGAGUCCCACCUGCCCAGCUGUGUUUGAGCAAUUGACCUGGCAACUGGGUGGGCCUGACAAACAUGUCUGGCCUUCCAGAGUCUCCUCUGCUGUUUGUAUCUUCAGGCCACUAUGGUGCUGCUGAGGGCCCUGGCGCUUCUUGCUCUGGUUGUCUCUGGUGAGGAGCUGGUAGGUGGGGGAAACUCCAGUUCUCACCUCCCUCCCCCCACUCCACAGUGGGGUAGAGACCUGACCCUUCUCAGAUAAGCUAUCAUGGAGGGCGGGGUCUGGAAGAGAGCCAGGAAAGGGCAAAGAUCUGAACCCUGACCCGCAUUCCUUAUCUUGGCUGCUUCCUCAACCAAAUCCUCACUCCCAGUCUGUGAAAUGAGCUGACCCAUGGUUGGACGUGGGGGACAAGGAAGUGCUUUGGCUGCUUGGCCCCAAGAUGGGCAGAAGGGCAGGACUAUGCUCAUGUGUGUGGUUCUAUGAGCAUGGGG